AAUAAAUGGACUGUAUCACUAAUUGGUGUUAAUGAUGUUGAAUAUUUGAAAAAUGAUCGUUUACAAAAAUUGAGGCAAGAACAGUUAAUACCUGAAUCCAACAACAGUGAAGGGAAUGCUGAUAGAAAAAGGUCGAAGUCUUCACACAAUAUUUUAUUUGGACUGUUUUGCAUGAUAAUUGGUCAUGUACGUAGUUGUAUCAGAUAUUUUGAAAAAUUAUUACAACGAACAAUGAUCGAUAAAUGGAAAAGAUAUACUAUUUUACGACAUCUUAGUAUAGCAUAUUAUUUUGUGAAUGAAUUUGAUCCGGCAUUAAAAUAUGCAUUAGAAGCCAAUAAUGUUCGUUUAGAUGGUAUUUUUAAUGGUAAUGAAGAAUGGGAAAUAUCCUGGAAUUUAAGACAUGUAGGAAUGAUUCUUUUGGAUAAAAAAGAGUUUGAUCUUGCACAAGAAUAUUUGAUAACUGCUUUAAAAAAGUUCGAUUUAAAUGACCUAGACUCUAUUGCUAAUAUGCAUCAUAA